UUGCCUUACCCGCUUGACUCGAAAUGAUCGAAACUCAAAUCGAGAUUGCGGCUCCACCCAGCCAAGUGCGGGAUGUGCUCCUCGACUUUGCAACUUACCCAGACUGGCAAAAAUCGGGCCUUGUCCGCUUAUUAGAACCCGAGGAUUCGACUCGGACUUUGGCUACCUUGCAACCCGGCGAUAAGAUCAAGUGUGAUAUUGAUGGCAUGAAGUUCACGGCCGAGAUCAAGGAGAAUUCGGAGCAUCUGUUUCAAUGGCAAGGACCCCCCGUGAUGGGUCUGAUUGCUGGGCUACACAGCUUCCGCUUCGAAGCAACCGAGUCUGGGGGUACAAUCUUUACACAGUCAGAGGACUUUUCAGGUCUAAUUGCCUUCCUGAUGAGCCCUUCUCUGUUGGGGAGGAAAAUGCUUGGUCAAUAUUGUCAGUUUAACGAGGAGUUGAAGGCUCGCGCAGAGAGAGGUUCCUCAUCGUGA